AUAAUCGUUUCACUGCCCUCCCAAACUCUAUUGCCGACUGUUUCACUCCCCUCACAACUCCAAGACGUACGGUGGAUCUCCAUUUUCUCUCACUAGUCGCAGCCUCUCGCACUCCUCCCUUCUCCGAAAGAAAAUCCUCCCCUCUUCCUUGACGUUUAGUCUUAGAAUGGAAAGGGACGAAGGAUGGAGAUAAAAUUCUCUUGAUAGGAAAAAUAAAGGAGAAAAAAAAACUUAACUUAAAAUGAGGAAAGAAAUGGGCGAACAGAGGGAGAGAGAAGGCGAUGGCUAUAAAUUUGUUGAAAACUUUUCCCAGUGUUCAGACCUUCAUUACUUCUAAACCUCCAACCUCCCUUUUUUCACUACCAGAAGCUUCUUCCCCUCAUACCCUCCAGUUGCGUUAGCUGUCUGUUCAAUGUCUUAUGAGAAGGAGCUCGCCGCUGCCAAGAAAGCCGCCUCCUUCGCCGCUCGUCUCUCCCAGCUGAGGAGGUCAGCAUCUAGUUUGUUUGGAGGUUAUAUUUUCUUUGACAUAUUUCAGCAAAAGAUUUGGGACCAUGCAGCUGGAUGCAUUGUUGUUACAGAAGCUGGUGGAGUCGUUACGGAUGCAGCCGGGAAUGCACUGGAUUUCUCAAAAGGAAGAUAUCUGGAUCUGUACAAGGGUAUCAUUGUUACGAACCAGAGAUUAAUGCCAUCACUCCUCAAGGCAGUUCCAGAAGCUCUUCAACAGACUUCUUCUUCAACCUUGUGAUUUUUCUUCCCCUGGAGUGGAUUCUGUUCAUAUUGUUUUGAGCUCUGAAUCCUUUUCUUCCACCCGCUCAACUCUUCCCUAAGUUGAAAUAUCAGUUUUUCUGAUAUUUGUCCACUUUGAACUGCAACUGAAUAAAAUCUAGCAAUAAAGCUCCUGUAUUUGGGUUUUGCUGUCUUUUUAGUAUCAUACCAGUAGACUCAAGUGUAACAUCCCGAGAGAAUGAGGCUAUGGAUUCAAAUAUUUCAUGGUAGA